AUGGGAUUUUUGUCUAGUAUAAUCACUGAAGUAAAAAAGAAUACAAAUUUAACUAUUUAUAAUAACAAUUUAGAAACCAUAUUAAAUAGCAUUAAACACGCUAAAUAUAAUAGAAAAAAUUUUGAUAGUAGUAUUGCCUUUGUCAGUCAGGGGAUUCAGGCGUGGGUGAGGGGGGUGGAGGAAAAAAAUAAAGCGGUAAUGACACCGUUGGAAAAUCUUGAAAAAACGUUAGAAGGCCAUGCUUCAGUUGAUAUGAGUGGCGAAUUGAUUAUAGAUCAGCUCUCCACAUGGCGUGGAUUUACUGCUCUGUACCUCCAGGAGGCUAUGGAUUCAUAUGAAGCCUUAAACGGAAUUGAUGACAAGCUUAAAAAAGAACUGUCGCCCAAAUUAGAUUUGAUAAAGCAAGUAGUGCAGCAUUUUUGGAAUUCUGUCAAUGAUGCCGGCGUCAUAAGUUCCGUAGAGGCUCUUGAUAAUAACUUCACGGUCAUUCCGCAAAAGCUUAACAAACAUAUCGAAACCGAAAUACAGGCUGCGAAACAAACGCUACAUCAGCAUCAUGGGAGCAUUGAGAGCAGAAUUAAUAAUCAUAAGAGAACGACGCAAAGUCAAAUUGAGAUCAUCAGAAAGGCUGUGAAAGACGCACAAAAGUUAAUUCAGGAUUUGCUUGGUGAUAAAGGGCUUAACUAUACAAACAGAUAUAAAAAUAACAUCACUAUUAAAAUUGGUGAGCUUAAAAGUAAAGUGGAGGAGUUUGCAAAAAAUGAUGGUCCUAAGACUGCGCUUUUGCAGCAAUUCGAAGUGGCUCAAUCCAAUGUAAGCACUCUCGAAAAAGAUGUGCAGAAAGAUUUGCUACUGUUGAGACAAAGAAUCGAAGGACUUAGAAGAGACGUUAGCACUUUUGUUCAAACUGAAUUGGCCGAACUUGCAGCAGAGAAACAAAAACUUGAAAGAAUCACUAAUGACUCAGGUUCAUCACAAAAUGGAAACAUUGAUAGAUUAUUUGUAACACAUAUUCAGGAGCGUCUUAGUACUUUGAUCAGCGCAGUUCGUACAAAAAUCGGAGAGGUAGGCAAAGAUUUCGGCAAUGCUGGAAGCAGCAAACGACUUGAAGAUAUAUUUAAUUGUCUUGAAGAAAGAGUUGCAGGGAUUAAAGCUAAGGUUGGAGAUACGCAGCCACCGGGUUAUCCGGCAUCAGACAGCAUAUAUUACAAUUGGAAAAGGCUAAAAAUGCAGAUUGAGAGUCUUGUUGAGAGUAUAUAUAAGAUAGAUGGAAGGACGAGGUCAGGAAAACUGGGUGAAAUUAUAGAAACUCUUGGAACCUAUGCCACAAAGAUAGGCACUAAUAUGGAUAAGGCAGAAGAGGGGCACAGCACAGUGGAAAAAUGGGCGAAAGAGAUUUUGGACAAUGAAGGAGUAAAAAGGGAUAUUAGUUAUUAUGUGAAAGAUAGAACUAUGAACAACACGGUUACGACGAUGGUAAACGCAAUAAUGAAGCAAAUCAAGGAGGUUGUUAAGAAGGUUAAUGGCAACAAACCCAGAUCCGGGGACACUGUCCAGGCAAUCCUUCGAGGUGUGUAUGAAUAUCUGAAGAAAGUUGCUGAUGCAGUUGGUGAUAAAGCUAAUUCUGCAAAUAUUGAUACAUUUAUCACCGAAAUUAAGCGUGAAGCCAAGUUGCAGUCAGCCGAUUCAACAGAUAAUAUCUAUGUACAUGCUUUUAAAGCUGCUGUAAAAACUGUGUUGCAAUAUGUUUCCGGUGCGGCUCGAAAUCUUGCGACAGUUUUUGAAUCAUUGGCAAACAGUGAUGCCAAAAUAUCAAACGUGGAUGAUGCUACACAAAAGGCUGCAUCGAUAAUAACAAAACUUGGCGACAAAGAAGGAGCAGGAAAGCAACCAGGCGAUGGGAUCACCAAGGCGUUAAAAGAGGCCACACCGAAAAUUGGUACACUUCACGGUCAUCUUACUAAGGCCGCUAAGACUCCAGGCAGCAAUGGCGUAAUUCCCGUCAGAGACUUAGACAACGCUAUCGAUCACGUGAAGAAGGAGGUUGACGGACUGCUCGGCACGUUUAAGGCCAACGUCACUAACAAGCUUGGUGCAGCCGUUGACGAUUUCGACACGGAAGCCCGAGAAAAGAUCCAGGAUGCAGCUGAUACCGCUAUUGAUCAGGCAGUUAAUGUAUUUGGUACUGGUGAUAUAAAGGUAUCAUCAUUGAUGCACCAAUUUGAAUCGACCCAAAAGUCUCUAACGAGCGCAGUUGACAAAAUUCAGGAAGAACUUGAAAAAUUAAAAAAUGUACCCGAGGUCAUCAGACAAGCGGAGGCCCAUGCUGAUGGAUUGAUGGAAGAGCUGAAAAAUAAAAUUACAGCAAUAAAAGACACAAUCGAUCCCAUUACAUCGCUUAUCGGAGCGGCCGAAAAGACCUUAACCAAAACCGUUGAAUCAAUUGAGAGAGCUCUACAAGCCGCUCGGGAUACUUCGAAUAGGAAACUGCAAGACUUGAAGGUUGACUUGCAGAAGCAGGUGAAUGACGCAUUCAACGUGUUAGAAGAACACGUGCAGAAAAUGUUCAGCGAUCAGAGAAAAACAAAUUUUCUUUCACUACGGGAAUGUAUAACAGAUCAGCUCCCCAAAAUCCAACAGAUAAUCGAGCAUGAUUUUUCGACCGGCCUCAAAGGCCUGAUGAACAAGUUGAGUGACACAUUUGAGAUACAUCCCAUCAGUCCAUCAAGCAUUGAUUUUUAUAUAUAUACCAGUCACGUAAAGAACUUUUGUCAUAAUUUUUUCCAUGAAUUGUCGGAACAAGAUGACGUCUCUCCCUACUCGACAACCAUGGAGCCGGUUACCUCAUCCCUUGAUAAUUUGCUUGAUACCAUUUUCGACGCAAAACACUUCUCCGCCGCCGUCUCCUCCAAUCUCGCCGAACUCCAAACGCAGCUCACCGCCCUCACCCCUACCCAAUUCGCCGAGGCCUCCCCGCUGCUCAACGGCGUCAGGGCCGGCGUCACCGCGUUCCACGGGGAGCUUGCGAAGCAGUACGUCAGCAGGUACUCGGGGGAGACUUUUGGUGCUAACCUUGAAGAAAAAGGGAAAUUAACAGCUUACGGAACUAAGUUAAGUAAGCUUUUUCUGACCGUAGUUUCGACCUUAAGGUCUUCGUUGGCUUCUCUGAGACGAGGUUCCAGAAAUCUUAGCGGACAACAAACAACCGCUUUUAGUGACCUCGGAAGACUCGUCGCCGAUCAAGGUUACGAUGUUUGCGACUCCACAACUGAACAAAAUGGAGAAGUAAAAAGACACUUGACUGGUAAAGGAAUACAAAUGUCCCUUGCAGGCAAUGAUUAUGAACAUGUGUAUCAUACAGACAACAAUGUCAGACGUCCACUCGAAAAUAUGUACAUUUACCUUAACGAUUAUUACAAAAUCGGUCACAUAGCUACUUCAUCGUCAAAGAGACGCCCGUGUUCUAUAUACGAGAUGCUCUGUUGGCUGUCUGGUCUGCCUUGCAAUGACGUCUAUGAGGAUCUAUGGCGUGACGCUGUCAGCGAGCUAUUCGUCGAUCCUAAGAACCAGCCAACUGAGAACGGUGACAUCCCCGUGACCGUUGUCAGCGAGCAACCACUACAGGCGUAUCCACACCCAAUUGAGUGUAACGAAGCACAGAGAGCAGUGAAGCGCCUGUGUUCCAGAGCAUAUGACGUGCUGAGUGAGAUCAUCGGCUACGGCGACGCAUACACAAUUUAUGCCGUUGACUUCUGCAAUAACUCGCUUAAUCUACAUUAUCCAACUGAUGCUGCCAGUUGCCUCGAACUAUUGAUGGACAUCCUACGCAGAUUGUUCCCCGUGUUCAGAUUCUUGCAUAGCCAGUGCAAGCUGGAAACUCACCAUAUUGGUUGGUCGAAUUGCCUCUAUGGCAGAGAUAUCUCGACCGGUAAAUCGCAUUGUGAUAAGCAUCCAGAUGACAAGCAAACCGACUGCCUGCCUAGAUCACCGCUCCAAUCAUAUCUGUCCGACACGCUCCCCGGCCAUCUUCCUCACAACCUGACUGCCAUGGGAUGCAAAUCCGUAUGCAGCAACUGCCCCAAAGGCGUGCCCGGACAGCCGUGUCUGACACCCCUUGGCUUUAGAGGUUUCUCCGGAAGUACGAAGACAGGCAAGGAGCUGGGUGAAGUGCUGACCAAAUUCUUCGACAACUCGAACAUCAUAUCGCUGUUCGGUUUAAUGCCCAAGCCGCCGUCUACAUUGCCCGAACACUUUGAGUUUGCGUCGGCCCUUGUAAGAAGUUGGAAUGAAAAAAUAGCUCCCAGGCAUCUCACGUGGUUGACAGACGCCGUUACUAAACAAUCGGUUAAACUGCACGACGUGCCUACGGAAUUCACUGAUGCGCUUCGUAAAGCUUAUGGUAGCAGUCGGAAUACGCAUGACCACAGCACCGCUACUUCUCCCGAUGUGUCGAGCCUAUCAAUGACUAAACCGUGCCUAUUUGCUCCAAAAGACAACAUAUACUGCGCUCCCUACCUUCAGUCAUUAUGCCGCGAUUCGUAUUAUUAUCUUGCCAAGAAACAUUCUGCUACGUACCUCUCUUGGGCCUUAUACCUUCCAUGGGUUUUUUGGAAUUCACUAAACAAUCUAUACAUUGGAUUCUGUUCCAUCGCUUGUCAAGACUGGGGAUGCCAGGGUUGUUUGCGUGGUGACGACUGUAAGAGAGGACAGCACGGAGCAAACUACAAUUGCAAAUGCGGAAGUAUUGUAAACUGUCGCGGAGUCUCGAGCACCUUCUACGCAUACGGAUUUACAUUUGGUGAAUCAAGCAUUUUGCUCGACACGGAUGGAAUAAGAUAUUGUGGUCACUUCUACACUCAACUACGCAACGUACUCAAUUCGAGAAACUUCACUGAACUUUUCAACAAGUGCGACGAAUUCCUCUUCAAAAUUCGCGCCCCCUUCAUCUGGCUCAACGUCGCCCUCUGGCUCCUCUCUCUCCUCUACCUCAUCCACAUCAUGGUCAUCCGCCUCGACCUCCUCCACAUCAAAUCGCAUCUACAUAGUCCCUCAUCGCAUCGUAUCGCUGCUCAAUCACUACUUGCUGCUGGACGUGUUAACAAGCUUAACAGAGUGUUUUACCUGCAACCAUAA